ACCUCACCGUGAACACUUUCUUCUCCUAAAAUGAACUCGCACGGCGACAUUUAACAACCUCCGCACAGCAGACCUCCUUAUUGGAAGCCUCCGCUGCGGGUUUGGUUCGUAGCCUGUCAGCCUGACGGGGGUGCGGACUGGACUACUGGCGCUGCCCUAAAUGAAUGGAGAGUGGAGAGUGGAGAGCGGAGGACCAGACUGCUACUGUAGCAACUACUGGAAACUGUAAAAGCACUACGGGGCGGAAAGAGUGAACGUCCCUGUUGAGUGCAGCUUCCGAAGAUAAGAAAAGAAAAGGGGAGUUUGGGUUUCUACGAGAGCAACAACCGCACUCUGAAGAGACCAACUUCACUGUCGCCGUUGACUCGAUGCUGGCAGCUGCUGGGCUGAAGCAGUGAGGAGAUGCGCGGUGUAACAUGGAUCUCCGAGAAGGGAUAAACAUUAGCAAGCACUGCAGGGAACGUACUCGGAAGAACGGUGAAAGUGCUGGAAAGGACAAAGCCAGGAUUCCACACACCUGUGAUUGGAUGUGAGCCUGUAUUGACCUGAGACCAUUAAAAUGGAGUUGCCAUGGAAACUUAUACUGCUGCUGUCAUUGGUGGAGUGUCUGGCAGGCAGUGGUGUCCUGCUGAGGCCUGUGUUCACCAAACAACCGGGCAGCGUGGUGUUUCCCCUUCAGCCUGGUGAGAAUCGCAGAGAAGUGGUGUUCAGCUGUGAGGCCCAGGGACACCCACCACCCUUCUACAGGUGGAAGCUCAAUGACUCCUUCAUCAUUCCCAGGCCGGGGUCACGUUAUUCUCUCAUGGGGGGAAACUUACACAUCAGCCAUCUGAAUAAAGAGGGAGAUGUUGGCGUCUAUCAGUGCCUGGCAUCAAACUCUUUUGGCACUAUUGUCAGCAGAGAGGCCAGCCUGCACAUUGCAUACCUGGAAAAUUUCAAGACCCAGAGAAGAAGUCCAGUGAGGGUUCGAGAGGGUCAAGGAGUGGUCUUACUGUGUGGCCCACCUCAGCACUCGGGAGAACUCACCUUCACGUGGAUCUUCAAUGAGUACCCGUCGUUUGUCAUCCAGGACACGCGGCGGUUUGUGUCCCAGAAGACGGGCAACCUCUACAUCGCCAAAGUGGAGCCCUCUGAUGUGGGAAACUACACUUGUGUGGUUACCAACACUGUCACCAAAAGCAGCGUUCAAGGACCACUAACACCUCUAGUGCUGCGAAACGAUGGUGUGAUGGGUGAAUACGAGCCAAAGAUCGAAGUGCAGUUCCCUGAAGUUGUGCCUGUCGCUAAGAGCUCAACUGUCAAACUGGAAUGUUUUGCACUUGGAAACCCAGUGCCAACUAUCAGCUGGAGAAGGGUGGAUGGAGCCUCUUUUGGCAGGAAAGUGGACAUAAAUAAAGCCAGCGGAGUUUUAGAGAUCCCUUACUUCCAGCAGGAGGAUGCUGGGAUAUAUGAAUGUGUUGCUGAAAACAGCAGAGGGAAAAACUCAGUGAAAGGAAAGCUGUCUUUUUACGCUGCACCUCAUCUGACUGAGAAGCCUCAGGAUAUCCAAAAGACCAUUGAUGACACUCUAGUGUGGGAAUGCAAAGCCAGUGCCAAACCCAAACCCUCAUAUCGCUGGCUGAAGAAUGGCGAGCCUCUGGACCCGAUGGAGCAGGACAGAGUUCAGGCGAAUAACGGCAUGCUGACCAUCAGCAGCUUGAAUCUGGCUGACAUCGGCAUGUACCAGUGUGUGGCAGAAAACAAACAUGGCCGAAUCUUCACCAACGCUGAGCUUCGAGUCAUAGCCAUCGCCCCAGACUUCUCCCAGAACUUGCUGAAGGCCCAAACUCUGGCCCGACAGGGUGGUGAUGUCCUGAUCGAAUGCAAGCCCAAGAUGUCUCCUCGGGGUGUGAUUUCAUGGAGGAAGGGGAAGGAAGCAUUGAGAGAGAGCCACAGAGUAACUGUGCUGGAUAAUGGCAGCCUUCGGAUUUCCAAUGUUAGUAAAGCAGAUGCUGGGCUCUACACGUGUGUGGCCAGAAACCAGUUUGGAGUAGCAAGCAGUGCUGGCAGCCUUCUGGUUAAAGAGUCCACUGUGAUCACGAGUCCAGCAGGUCAUCUGGAUGUGACGGUGGGUGAGAGCAUUGUGCUGCCCUGCCAGGUAUCACAUGACCCCACGCUAGACCUCAAGUUCACCUGGUUCUUUAAUGAGCAGCUCAUCCACUUCGGAAGCCACUGGGCCUAUUUCGAAAAAGUUGGUGGGCGCUCUGCUGGUGACAUCAUGAUCCGGAACAUUCAGCUGAGGCAUGCUGGGAAAUACACAUGUGCUGUUCAGACAAAGGUGGACAGUGUGUCUAUCGCUACUGAUGUGGUAGUCAGAGGUCCCCCCGGCCCCCCUGUGGAUUGCCAGGUGACUGAUGUGACAGAAACCACUGCCUCUGUGUCCUGGGGACCCGGCAUGGAUAACCACAGUCCCAUCCUCAGCUUCACCAUCCAAGCCAGAACGCCCUUCUCUCUUGGGUGGCAGGCUGUUACCACUGUUCCUGAGCUGCUCGGGGGGAAGCAGCUGUCAGCCACUGUCAUUGACUUGAGUCCCUGGGUGGAGUAUGAGUUCAGAGUCCUGGCAACCAACAGCAUCGGAACAGGAGAGCCCAGCAAACCCUCCAAAAAGGCCCGUACCAAGGAAAUGUUACCCAGGGUGACUCCAGCCCGAGUGAAUGGUGGAGGAGGUGGACGUUCAGAGCUAGUCAUCACUUGGGAGCCCGUUCCUGAGGAGCUGCAGAGCGGCCCAGGAUUUGGCUAUGUGGUGGCUUUCCGCCCACUGGGGGCUCAGGGUUGGAUGCAGGCUGCUGUCACUUCUCCGGAUGCCUCUAGAUACGUCUUCAAGAAUGAAAGUAUCCCUCCCUUUUCCCCGUACCAAGUCAAAGUCGGAGUGUACAACAACAAAGGGGAAGGUCCCUUUAGUCCAGUGACGACCAUCUACUCAGCAGAGGAAGAGCCUAGCAGAGCUCCAGGGAGGCUGAGGGCAAAGAGUGUAUCUGCGUCCGAGGUGGAGGUCACCUGGAAGCCACUGGCCUGGAGCAACAACCGCAGACGCAUCCUGGGCUAUGAGUUGCAGUACUGGGGUGAAAAACGAAAGCAGGACACAGCCAGUGUGAUCAGGACAGUGGGGAAUAAAACUUCAGUACUCAUCAGGGAUCUGGAGGGCAGCAGUACCUAUUACCUGUCCCUGCGGGCUUACAACAGUGCUGGAGUGGGUCCACAGAGCAGCGUAGUCAAUGUCACAACCAAGAAACCACCACCAAGUCAGGCCCCAGACAAAAUCAUGUGGAACACUUCCAACUCCAAGGUCAUCCUGAGGUGGGACCAAGUGCACGCUCUGGAGAAUGAGUCAGAAGUCACAGGAUAUAAGGUGAUGUACAGCCAGGACAAACACAGCCGUCCCAGUGUGGUGGAGACAAACACCACCUCCUUGGAGUUGUCUCUGCCAGUCAACCAGGACUAUGUCAUCCAGAUUAAACCCUUCAGUGAGGGAGGGGAAGGCAGCAGCAGCCGCCAAAUCACUAUCCCCAGGAUAGCAGGCUCGAUAGCGAUGAGCGCAGCCCCCGAGUCUUCGGCAUGUCUCUUUGUCAACCUUGCAGUGUUAAUCCUCACAGCAAGGACUGUGCUAUGACAAACAUCUGCAGGAAUCAAGCUCUACAGCUGCUUAUUAAGAGCAGAAACAGCAGGUCACAGACAACGAGAGGCUGACUGCCACUUUUCCACCUGCUCCCAUCCCUACCCUGCCGUGUCUUUACUCUUCUUUCUACAAAGAUCUCUCUGUGAGGAAGCUUCUUUCCCUCCACCUUUCUAAAGGAGUUAGUGAAAGGAAACUGGCUCUUUCAGACAUUGCUUUUAUGGAAAUGAAAGGACGCGUGACUGGACUACAGUCCUUUUGAAGAUGUUUUGCUCUUUGCUUCCUCCUAUCCAGGAACUGACGGAUAUUUCUCACACGGUAUUAACCUUGGAGGCCCGGUGGUGUGUCGUGCACAAUAGGAUGUGUAUAUGUUUUCUCUGUGGGGCUGUGCAGGCUCUGUUUAAUGGAUAUUUAUGUACCUCUGAACUUUUCUUGGAUGAUUAUAUCUUAACUGGAACUGGAGGAGACCGAAAGCCCUUACAUAGCUUAUAUUUAUGUGAGUGAGGUUAUAUUUAAGACAAGAAAUGGGUGGCAUCCUUUCCCCCCUUUAUUUGGACUGUCCUUGAAAAGCUUCCUGCUCAGUCUAAGAAGAAAAACCAACUGUUACUAAUCCCUCCAGCUGGGAGCUGAGCCUCAUUGCUUUAUGACAAACCAGAAUAUGGGACCUUUGUAACUUUGCCUGGAUUUUAUUCAUGCUUUUACGUUACAUCCCAACCUCAGAGUUGCCAUGGAACUGACUGUAACCAAAGGUAUUGAGCCCACGGGGUUCAGUUCCACCUGUUGUAUUAUUUGUGAGAAAAUGCAGCGUAUACACCCUCAGUAUGGCUUCCAUUGUAAACAGCCGGCUUGUGUUGAUUAAUUGAUGUCUUACCCUCCUCCCUUGUUCAUGUUAAGUGUGUGACCAUCCUGUUACACACUGUAUGUAUGAAAUCCUCAGGUCCCAAAUGAGCCUUAAGUCUUAUGAUUAUGCUCCAUGUUGGUAUAAUUUUAGAAAAGGUUUAAUUUAUUUCCUCCUCUGUUUUUCCACAUUGUAUUUUGGCUCACUCAUUCUAUAAUUUAUGAAGAACUGACCUUACUGUAGGCACUUUUGUUACUCUUUAGAUCAUACUUGGGCAUUUUGGGCUCAGAGAACAUGCCUUUCUUCCCUGUCCUUCAUGAUGAGCAUUGUAAUACAGUACAAGUGGCAGUGAUGGCUGACUUUUCUAACAUGGUGUGUUACAAGUGACGAUCCACCAUCAGCUGCUGUUUGGCAUGAGGUCGUCAGUGUACG